UGGACCUUCCAGAUUUGUUAUAUGUAUAUCACACACGUUCAUGGAACCUGUGACAACAACUACCCGCAGUGUAGAAGCUGUACCUAAUCGCGGCAUUGUUCAUCAAACUACCGCAGCCGCCGCCAACCAGACAGAUGUUGCGGCGAGUACUUCCACCGCUGUGGCGGUACCUGGUGGUGUCGGUACCAGAACCACUGCAGGAGCCGCCAGCCAAGGCAAUGUGGCUGCACUGGAAACGACGACAAAACUGGUAGAAACCUCAUCUCGAAGCAAUGUACCAGAUGAUCCAAAAGCCCAUUUGAUGUUUUAUUUGAAGUGUCUCAAAGGUGUUUUGAAAAAUUUCUACGAUAUCUGUUUGGGUAUUUUAGAGGUAAACGAUCGAGACUUCGUUGACAAACUGAUUAAAUAUAAGGAAUACGCAGCACUGUCCACGGAGGAGAGCGAUAUGAUGCUGAUAUUGGCGCGGACAUUAAGACCCACGCUUUUCAUUAACAAGUGUCUUUUUGAAAACGACAAGAUGUGCAAGAAUAGUGCGAACAAAUUUUACAAAAUAGAGCAGGUGGAAAAGUCAUUGGCAGUCACGGACGAUGUUAUCGUCAGGGGAGAAAGGUCGUCAGUCUCGGAGGUAAUGUACUAUAAAUCGUUCUACAUGGAGAAACAUUACUACGGCCCGAUGGCAGAACUGGAAUACCGACUUCAUCAAAUUGAUAAAGGACUUCACAGGUUGCGGUUUUCGGAAAAAUACCAUUUACAUCUUCUCUUUUCUCUUUUGUGUCCAUUCUGGGUAGUAAUCUGGAUUGCUACAUGCUUUAUGGAAAGUGACUAAACCAGGAGUCCAAGUUCAGACAGUGCACGACAAUGUUUAUGUGCAUAAUGGAGUUUGUAAUAUGGAUUUUAGAGAGAUAGAUAAAUAGAGACAGAUGAUUUGUUGCCAUUCAAAUGCCCCGAAAGGCAUAGUACAAAUAGUAAAACAUGUAAAUUUAUGCAUAAUAAAGAGAUUUGUAUAUAAAGCAUAGAUAACAACAGAAGGUACCAAGGGACGAUGCUUGGGGAACAUAACAUAUGUAUAUUACACCAUGUUAGUACUUUGCAUUAAUUUUUUACCUUAUGAUACAAUUAAUAUUAGUAUUAAUUGUUCUACCUCGCACCAAACGUUGUCAUUCCAUAGAAUAUAUAUCUUAUAUGUAAUACUCUAAAACGCGAUGGUCACGCCAAAGUGCGAUGGCUUGCGCCUAAGUACGAUGGUUUGUUGACGUCAUAGACACCAAAGUGCGAUGAUCCCUUUCCUAUUGGCACGCUAUGCCAAAGUGUGAUGGUCUGGCACGCCAAAGUGCAGUGUGACUUCAAAGUGAGAUGGUCUGGCACACCAAAGUGCAGUGUGACUUCAAAGUGCGAUGGUCUGGCACGCCAAAGUGCAGUGUGACUUCAAAGUGCGAUGGUCUGGCACGCCAAAGUGCAGUGUGACUUCAAAGUGCGAUGGUCUGGCACGCCAAAGUGCAGUGUGACUUCAAAGUGCGAUGGUCUGCGCCAA